AUGGUUCGCAUCUGCACGACUCCAUUUUGGGAUAAGAAUGUAACAAAAUCACCAUAUCCUUCUUUAACGGAAUGUUUUCGUGAUACAGCUUUACAAUGGGUUUCGGUGGGAAUUUUUUGGUUGAUUUUACCAUUUUGGAUAUGGAUGUUACAUAAACGAAAAAUUCAGCCACAACCAUUGCCUAUUUCAAAUUUGUUCAUUACUAAAAUGGUUCUCGCUGUUCUGUUUCUUCUUGUUCAAGUUGUUCGUAUUGUUUAUUAUACAUUACCAUCGGACAAAGAAAAAAGUCAAGCCAAUAUUAUAAGUCCAGUUUUAUCUACAAUAACAUUAGUAACUAUAUUUUGGCUAAUGAAUUAUGAGCGUCGUAAAGGUAUGUUUUGUUCGGGUCUACUUUUUGGUUUUUGGUUAUCAGUCUUUGUGACUAUAAUACCUGACGUGAUUGUUUAUUCAAUUGAAUAUCAACAACGAGAUCAAUCAAGGGGUAUAUUGAACGAAGUCAUUCGUGUUUGGCUUCAUAUCAUUCUUGCAUUUAGUUCAUUUAUUUCGCAUUGUUUAGCAGAAAGAUAUAAUUUUCCUAAAUUAGCAGCCGAUGAAAGGCCCAUUGUACCUGAAUUAUAUAAAAAUUUUCCAUCUCGUCUAACUUUCUGGUGGGUGACACCACUUAUUAUUCGUGGUUAUAAAAAACCAUUAACUGAAGAAGAUUGUUGGCAGUUGGAAAUAUCAGAACGAGCUGUUAAUGUUGUUCAUCGUGUACAAGCUUGUUUAGCAGGAACAAUCAAUCGAGCAAAAUCCAUAGCUUAUGAAAACAGUAAAAUGUGGAAUAAAAAUUAUACUUCGAAUAACAAGAAAAUUGGAGAUGAAAAUCAAGAUCUAUUAAAUAAAUUGCCAUCAGUUGAUAUAAAAGCAAUGCCAACAACAAAUAGAAAACCAAUCAUUUUUUGGCGUGCUCUCUUUCUAGCAUAUAAAGGCAAACUUAUUGCUGGUGGUUUGAUGAAAGUUAUUCAUGAUCUUUUACAAUUUAGUGGACCGAUGAUUCUCAAACAAGUUCUUACGUUUUUAAACGAUCCAACAGCAUCAACAUGGCUCGGCGUAUUUUAUGCUCUUCUACUUGGUGCAACUGUUUUUUGUCAAACAUUAUUUUUACAAGCAUAUUUUCAUCGACAAUAUGUUGUGGGUCUUCGAUUUCGUUCAGCUAUAACUGGACUUGUGUAUCGAAAAAGUUUAAAAUUAUCGAAUUCGGCUAAACAAGGAACUACAACCGGAGAAAUUGUUAAUUUAAUGUCGAUUGAUGCUUCACGUUUCGGUGAAAUUACUUCAUAUAUUCAUGUUUUAUGGUCUGGGCCAUUUCAAAUUUGUCUUGCACUUACACUGCUUUAUCGACAAAUGCAAUUAGCAAUUAUACCUGGUGUUCUUUUAUUAAUUCUUUUAAUUCCACUUAAUUUAUUUUUACAAAGAAUUAUAAAGCAGUUAACAACAAAACAAAUGAAAUUGAAAGAUCAGCGAAUAAAAAUGAUGAAUGAAGUUCUUAAUGGAAUAAAAGUUUUAAAAUUAUAUGCAUGGGAAAUAGCUUUUAUGCGACGAAUAGACGAUGUACGAGAAAAGGAACUUCAAUGUAUACGUCAAAAAGCUAUUCUAAAUUCUUUUUCAAGUGCAAUAUGGUCAUUUGCACCAAUUCUUGUAUGCAUUGCAACAUUUGCUACAUAUGUAUUAUCAUCAAAGGAUAAUAUUUUAACAGCCGAAAAAGCUUUUGUUUCAUUAGCAUUAUUUAAUUUACUUCGAUUUCCACUUGUUGUAUUUCCGACUAUUAUUAAUAGUAUUAUUGAAGCUAAUGUAUCAAACAAACGUAUACAAAAGUUUCUAAAUAAUGAAGAAAUCGAUGAAUAUGCUGUCAAUAAAACAACUAUUGAUUCUGAUGGUAAUGUAAUAAGAAUUAAGGAUGGCUCAUUUCGAUGGUCAAAUUCAAAUGAAGAUCCAAUUAUAUUAAAAAAUAUUAAUUUGAAAAUUCGUCGAGGUUCACUUGUUGCAUUUGUUGGAACAGUUGGUUCAGGUAAAACAAGUAUAUUAUCGGUUUUACUCGGUGAAAUGAGUAAAAUUACUGGACAAGUUGAUAUCAGUGGAACAGUAGCUUAUGUACCACAGACAGCAUGGAUUUUAAAUGCAACAGUUAAAGAAAAUAUUUUAUUUGGAAAAGUUUUUAAUCAAAAAUUAUAUGAUCAAGUUAUUGAAGCAUGUGCAUUAAAACCUGAUUUGGAUAUAUUACCACAUAGAGAUGAAACAGAAAUUGGAGAGAAGGGUAUUAAUCUAUCUGGUGGACAAAGACAACGAGUUUCUUUAGCUCGAGCUAUAUAUAGUGAAGCAGAUAUUUAUCUAUUUGAUGAUCCUUUAUCAGCUGUUGAUGCACAUGUUGGUGCUCAUAUAUUUAAACAUGGUAUUGGACCAAAUAGUUUACUAAAAACUAAAACUCGUCUUUUAGUAACACAUGGUGUAUCACAUUUACAUAAAUGUAAUGAAAUAGUUGUUGUUUCACGUGGUGAAAUCAUUGAUCAUGGACCAUAUGCUGAAUUAAUGAAUAACAGUAAAAUUUUACGUGAUCUUGUAUCUGCAAUUAUUAUGGAAGCCACUGAACGAAAAUUAAGUGAUACAGAACCUAAAACUCCACCAAGAUCUCCAAUUGAAAUCAAUGAAAAUAUCUUUAAAACAGCUGCAGAUAAGAUUCAAGAGGAAACAACAACAGUUGAAGUAACUACAAGGGAAUUGAAAGAAGAAAAAGAUAAACUUAUUCAAAAAGAAACUGUUGAAACUGGUUCAGUUAAAUUAAUUGUAUUUCUUACUUAUGUUCGUGCUUGUACAAUACCAAUGGUUUUAAUCAUAUGUAUCUUAUUUUCAUUGACAACACUUUCAUCAUUAAGUACAAAUGUUUGGUUAUCAAGAUGGACAGAUCGAUCUAAAAAUGAAACAGUAUCAACUCAUGAUAGAUCAUCAUCAAUCAGUAAAAUACAUGGUAUAACAGUUUAUUCAAUAUUAGGACUUUGUCAAGUUCUAUUUGAGUUCGUAGGCACUUAUGUUAUGUUUAAAACAAGUUUAAAUGCAUCACGUAAAUUAUUUUAUAAAUUUCUUCUGAAUUUAUUUCGAUUACCAUUAUCUUUUUUUGAACAAACACCUAUUGGUAGAAUAAUAAAUCGUUGUUCAAAUGAUUUUGAUACGAUUGACAAUGUUAUAAUGUUUACAUUACGUUCAACGCUUAAUGCCAUACUUGGUUUUGUUACUUGUUUUAUUCUUAUUGCUAAUUUUCUGCCUGAAACAAUACCAAUAAUGAUUAUCAUAUUUAUUCCAUUUAUAUUUCUUGAGGUUAACAAAAAAAAUAAUGAUAAUAGCAAUACUAUUUGA